UUGCAUGAUUUAUAAACAUUGCAGUCGCCAUUUUUUAUGAGAUGUCAAAAGAAGAAGAAUUUACUAAAGUUUCAUAUAAAAAGAAGACACGAAGACCGAAGGGGGUUAUCAAAAGUGUGACAAAUUUAGAUUCCAUUUCAAUUGAUAAUCAUAUAAAUAAGGAUAAAUCUCUAGAACGAAUACUAACGUCAAAAAAUGAAAUUUUACAUUCAAAAUUUUAUAUUAAUGUAAAAACAUUAUUUAACGAGGUAAUUAGUGAAUUAGGAAUUCAAGAAAUUAAAAACAUUAUUUGUUUUGGACUUGGACACAUUGGAGACUGUUUAUCGUCACAAUAUCAGUUAGCAUUUUUAUUAAAUAUUUGCGACGAAUUCAAUAUUACGAAUACACUUGUUUAUGAUCCAAUAUUUAGUGAAAUAGAAUGCCAAAUUUUACAACAUUUUGGAUUACAAGUUGAAGCUACAAAUAAAGAAGGAAAAUAUAAAAUUUGUCCUAACGAAGCAACAUUGUUAUAUGCUCCACAUUGCCCAAAACAAUUAAUGAACAAUUUUUUGUGGAAGAAUUGGGAAGAAAGUUUAAGCAAUUGUAUUAUUAUUGGCAAUAGUUUUUCACAAAUAGUUGAAACAAACAGUAAACGAAUUCUUGAAGAGCAAGCUGCAUAUUUACUAAAAAUUUGUCCAUAUACAAAAGAAUUUGACAUUGAAAACAAUUUCAAAUUUACUGAUAUUUUUAACGAUACAUCAAUACACUCAUUUCCAAAAGAGAACAUUAAAGACCUGCUUUCAAAGUUUUGGUUAGACAAAAUAGAGCCAGCUUAUAUCUCAGAUGAUAUAGAAUUUAUCACCAAUGCUGUUUGCUCUGAAUUACAAAUAACUUAAUAACUACCACUAAAUUUUAUUUUG